AAUCCCGGGACUGUCGCGAUCUGUUUAGCUCGUCCGUGUACUGUACCGCUCAACAUUUCUUGUGGAAAUCUUGAGACAAGACAACAACCGGGCUAUAGAGAGGGCCUACAGUUGCCAGUUUUGACGGGUUGGGCCCCCCUACCCACAACAUCCAACCAUGCCUCUGGUUACGAGGAAUAUAGAGCCGCGGCACGUGUGUCGCCAGACCAUCCCUUCCAACAUCCGCAGUGAGCUAGAAUGUGUCACCAAUAUCAGCCUGGCCAAUAUUAUCCGCCAGCUCGGCAGCCUCAGCAAAUAUGCCGAGGACGUGUUCGGGGAGCUGUUUGUCCAGGCUGGAGCUUUUGCAACCAGAGUAAAUACACUUGGAGAAAGAGUGGAUCGUCUGCAGGUUAAAGUCACCCAGCUGGACCCCAAAGAAGAGGAGGUCUCUCUGCAGGCCAUCACUACCCGUAAGGCUUUCCGUAGCAGUCUGACUCAGGACCAGCAGUUGUUCACCAGGCCGUCCUUGCCAAUGCCUGUACAGGAAACCUACAUAACCUGUAAUCCACCCCCACCACUCAACAACCUCAGCCAGUACCGGGACGAUGGAAAGGAGGCCCUCAAGUUUUACACUGAUCCCUCCUACUUCUUUGACCUGUGGAAGGAGAAGAUGCUGCAGGACACCAAGGACAUCAUGAAGGAGAGACGCAAGCACAGAAAGGAGAAGAAGGACCAUCUAAACCUACGGACACUUAAUCCACGAAAGAUCAAGACCAGGAAGGAAGAAUGGGAACGCCGUAAGAUGGGGGAGGAGUUUGUGGUGCCAAAGAAUGAUUUGAUGAAUUCUUCUGAGGGUCUAAAUGGCAGUAUUGGAUCUGGAGAAGGUUUCACUUCUGAAGGCCUCGAGCAGAGUACUGGCUCCUUUGCUUAUGAGCCCAGCUCCCCGAUGUCGCCACCUGGCGCUGAUGACUUCCUGCCUCCUCCACCUCCAGACAUGGCGUAUAAUGACGGGCAGUACGGAGCACCUCCCCAGAAGCGUGUCAGCGUGCUUAGUCCGAGCCACCCACCUCCUGCUCCCCCCAUGGCCUCUUCCCUGCCCAACUCUCGCCCCAACCUCUCCCCUCCCCCUGCACCUCCUCCUCCUCCUCCACCCUCUGGCUUUGGGGCUCCCCCACCUCCCCCUGGCUUCGACACCCCACCUUCCCCUCCUCCACUCUCCUCCUCUCCUUCCUCUUAUCCCUCCCCACCUGCUCCCCCUCCUCCACCUGCUAUGUCCGCUGUUUCUCCUCCUCCUCCACCACCUCUGCCUGCAGGUGGUGGUCCACCACCUCCACCUCCUCCUCCUCCUCCCCCUGGCCCUCCUCCCUUAUCCAUGAACAACUCUGCUCCCCCUCCUCCCUCUGGUGGUGGUGGGGCACCCAGUUCUGCUCCCAAACCUCCGCCAGAGCCUGCUCCUGACGGUCGCAGUGACCUGCUGCAAGCCAUCCGACAAGGUUUUAACCUGCGUAAGGUGGAGGCACAGCGGGAGCAGGAGAAGAGGGAUCACUUUGGCAACGAUGUGGCCGCCAUCCUGUCCCGUCGUAUUGCCGUGGAGUGCAGCGACAGUGAGGAUGACUCUUCGGAGUUUGACGAUGAGGAGUGGUCUGAAUGAUUGUCAUCCCUUUUCAUCUUCACUACCACCUCCGUAUCUUUCCUCAGCUGUAAACAACAUCAGCGUAUUUCCAUUCAGAUCACAUUCUUAAGUACUUGUAAAGCUGGGGUCCAUGUUCUGUGUGUCUGUUAGAUUUUGAGUGUGUGCGCACAUAGUAUGUACAUUCCUCGACCCAAUUAUUUCUAUUUAUCCAAAAUUAUUUAGAACAGAGGUGCAAAAGUCCAAAGAUUGAGCGAAAGAGUGUGAUUGUGUCUGUGCUAAUUUUCCAUUGCUUUCAUUGGAUGACACAGUUGAGUGUGUGAUGUGAUGCACGUCUCUCUGCUGAAUCUGUACAUAAACCCGUCACCUCUGUCUUUAUCUUAGUGUCUAUUAGAAUCAGAUGUCCUUUAAUGUCAGAUUUUAUCUGCUUUGGUAUAUUAUGGCAAAGGGUAAUAAAGAAGGAGUACACACACAAGCAUGCAACCUCUUCCAUACACAGUAUUUCUAUGUACUCAGUGGAAAGACGUCAAAACAUUCUCGCUCAUUUAUAGAUUAUAUGAUAUAGAUGUAUAGUUUAUAUUACAUAUUGAAUCAUAUCUACUAAAGAUAAUGAAUGCAAUCCCUUGAUAUACCUUGAAGUCCACUCUUUAUCACUUUUCCUUUCCUCACUUUCGUACUCAGUCUAAUUUUUUUUUCUUCUGUGGUUGUCAUGGGAGCAGUUGACUUGUAGAUGAGACGUGGUUGAAGAUUAUAAACAAAUUCAUGAAUGAAUUAUUCAGUGCGAUAGGGGAAGCAUUGGCUCAUGCCAGACACCUGGGGUGAUAGAUGAGAUCACCAUACUGAACAUAUGCAGACAUUUAACACAAUUAUCAUGAUUCAAUUUGUACCGUGUAUCAGCUCCGUUGCAUUUUUCUUCCUGCAGUUUUUAUUUUGACCUUUUCUGGGGAUGAACUAGGCUCUGAUGCUUUAAUUACAGGCAGCAGGAUAAAGCAAAAUGCUGCCUGAUAAGUGCCUUUUUUUAAUACUGCAUUUAAGUAUCAGUGCUGGUUUAUUUUGGUUAUCUGCAGUGGUGGUCACCGAUGUCUGUCGCUUCCAAAAAAAUAUCAACAGCUGCCAUUGAUGACUCAAAUAUAGAACUGACUGAUGUUUUAGUGUGGACCGCAUAUUUUUCAAGUGCCUUUUUAUUUUUAUUUUUAUUUUUAUUUUUAUUUUUGUGUUUAAAGCACAAUCACACAGCAUGCUUAGCCAAAGUUCUGCUUCUCCUGCCUUAAAUUUUCCAAAUGAUUAUAGUUAUUUCAAUAAAAAUAGAGUGAAUUACA